AUGGAAACACUCACCUCCUCACACGAGUGCAACAGCUGCCUCAAAAAAUCCAAAACUAUCGCUGAGCUGGAACGACGUAUUUCCAGCCUCCACUGGAUCCGCAACGAGGAGUCACUCCUGGACUCGAUGUUGACGCUGGGUGCGGGCCUCCCUGUGAACCCAGCCGAGCUGGACUCCACCAUCCCGGCCGCCGCUGCUCCGCAGGCUCCACCGGCCCCAGCGAGCGCUGCUGCUGCCUCUGGCUCCCCACCUUCCACCGCGGAGGCUCCUGCUGAGCCGGCUCAUCCUCAACCCGGGGAACCUUGGCUGACUCAGGGGGCAAGGCCAAAGCGAGUGCCGGCUCCCGCACUGGACUUCACUCCUCACCCGAGGUUCAACAUUCGGAGUUCCACCCCACGGUCAACAGCGGCUGCAAAAAGGAGGACCAGCCUGAAACCACUGAAAUCCCACUUCGAUCUCCAGCUGUCCUCGAGGUACGAUGUACUCAGUGUUGCGGAUUUUCCUCCGCUGCCAGGAAGGCCGGAUCCGGGCCCAGCUGAUGUCGGACGAAGCGCAGCCUCACCUCCGUCUUCUGCUGGGAACGAGGAGGUGAACGUAGGUAUGCACACGGGGCCUCGGCGCCCCCUCCUCCCCCCGUCAUGCAUACUCCCCGACCCGGUGCAAACCGUUCAGGGAACCUCUGCGAAGGCACUCCGCUGGGAACAGAGGUUCUCCGGCCCCCACUUGCGCACCACCGCCACCGCCGCGUCCUCGCCCACUGUUCCCGCCGACCACGGCAAUCAUCGGAGACUCCAUCGUGAGGCACGUCCGUUUUUUUAA